GCCUCGAGAUAACUAAUGGAGUCCUCAGCAGAGAUAUGCAGACGACUGUGGGGUGGGCACGCUGAGUACCCGAUCCUGAGGGGGUGUCAGAUGCAUCUGCCAGGACGUGGGCGCCAACGCGGGAAAGGCGCCGCCGGGCCCCGCCCCGCCCCCCUCAGUCCCAGCCACUUUGGCGCGAACCUUCAGUUCGCCGGGGCUCGCCACGCCGCCGCCAGCAUGGCUCCGUCGCGCCCGCAGCGCCGUUGCUCAGGAAGGGAAAACUUAAGAGCAUUCCGAAAUACUAAACUGAUUCCCAUGGAAACAUCCUCAUCCUCUGAUGACAGUUGUGACAGUUUUGGUUCUGAUAAUUUUGCAAACACAAAAUGCAAACUGAGGACAGAUAUUAAAGAAGAACUGGCAAAAAUUUUUCAUGAAGCUUCUGAUGACGAAUCCUUCUGUGGCUUUUCAGAAAAUGAGAUUCAAGAUGCAUUGAAAUUGGAAUCAGAUUCAGAAGAGAAUGAUGAAAGUGCUGCAAGUGAGGUGGCUCAGAGAAGGCAGAAAUGCUCUGUUCCUCUAAAAGUAGUCAUGCAGUUUACACCUCGAAGAUCAGAGAGGAGAAAGUGUGAGGUGGAACCUCUUCCUGAACAGCAGAUGCCCACUCCAGAUUCAGACUCUGAUUCUGAAGAAAAUGGUGCCAUGUUUUUAGAAAAAAGAGCUUUAAACAUAAAAGAAAACAAAGCAAUGCUUGCAAAACUAAUGGCUGAGUUGCAAAAUGUUUCUGGUAUCUUUGAUGGAAGAAAAUCGUUGCCAACUGUGAGUCAUGGACCAAAGCGACUUCCAAGGCAUUCAUUACCCAGAAGUGCUUUGAGGAGGAACCCAGACAGAAGUUCACGGCCUCACACAAGAUCUAGGUCCCUAAUUGAAGGUCCUCCUACACCUUUACCAGUAGAGGAAGACGACCGGUACAUCUUGGUGAGAAGAAGAAAGAUGUCUGAUGAAUACCCAGAGCAUGAAGCCCGAACUCCCAGGAGGGGUCACCGUGGUGCCAUGGCUUUUCCACACGUUGUGCGCCCAGUUGAGGAGAUAACAACAGAAGAGCUGAAUAAUAUUUGUGGAUCUGCUAGAGAUAAAGUGUAUAACAGGGCCACAGGAUCCACCUGUCAUCAGUGUCGCCAAAAAACCAUAGACACCAAGACGAACUGCCGUAACCCUGACUGCAUAGGCGUACGGGGGCAGUUCUGUGGGCCCUGCCUCCGCAAUAGGUACGGGGAAGAUGUCCGAACGGCAUUGCUGGAUCCGACCUGGAGGUGCCCACCAUGUCGUGGAAUUUGCAACUGUAGUUUCUGCCGACAGCGAGAUGGCCGAUGUGCUACAGGUGUCCUGGUCUAUCUGGCCAAGUACCAUGGCUAUGACAAUGUCCAUGCCUACUUGAAAAGUCUGAAACAAGAACUUGGAAUGGAAGACUGAAGCUGUGACUGCCUUGAAAUUACAUACUCUUUCACCAGUGUCAUACUGCCUACAGUGAAUUGCUUAAUCAAAUGAAAUUACAAAGCUAGUGCCUUCUUUCUCUCCCCUCUUGGGUGAAAAAAGGAUAGGGAAUUGUCAGUUACCUCAGUGCAAAUCACAUUUGGAAAAACUGUUUAAUAGUCUUUGUGCACAGGUCAUUGUUUUCUUGUUAAAAACUGCAAAUCAGAUAGCACCAGGCCUUGCUUUCAUGCCAGUAACGGUGGGGUGUUUGUUUUGUUUUGUUUUGAAAUUCUUCCUGAAAGGAGAUGGGGCUUUAAGCCAUUAUUUUUACGCAGUGAUUAGUGCUGCAGAUUUAUUUAUGCUUUCAA